ACUAGCUAGCUAGCAUUUCCAUUGACUUAAUUUUUAUUGACUUGUAUUCUGUAUAUUAUAUAUAGUUAAAGGUUAAGCGAGGCUUUCCUGGACUCCAUAGUUAGAGCAUAAAGAAGAGGAAGUAGUACUGUUAUUACCUGUUUGCCAAUGGAAGCAGUGGAGCAAUGGAUACACAAGGAAGUGGAGGAGCUGGCGGAGGAAGUAGGGUUGCAAGGAAGGCGGCACCGGCGACAUCAAAGCCAGACGACCACUGAUAGCACCAUGAUAGAAACUGCACCACCUAAUGAUGUUGAAUCUUCCAAUUCCGAUGAUCAUGGAGAGCUAGAAAGUGGCAUCGCCUUAGAUAAGGAUAGAGGCACUUCUGAAUCUAUUGGAGAAUUCUCUACCUCAAAAGAUGCCAAUCUUGAAAUUAGCAUUUCUGAGAAUACAAUCUUACAAGCUGUAUCAAGCCUUAUACCUUCCAACAAGUUGGUGGACGAACAGAUUGAAAAUGCUGCCGCUGCUGCUGCUGCUUCCAGUAAAGAGAGAACAGGAAAUGGAAGUACUAGUCUCAUAAAAGAAAGUAGAAAUGAUGAAACCGAAUUAUAUUUGGACAAGGUAUAUAAGAAGGCAGUUGCACACGAAUUCUACUGUCCUAAUUGUAAGGCCUGCAUCCAGAAGGUUAUUGUUCGUGAACUGGAGAGUGAUUCUGCACCGCUUCUUGAACAAAAUGAUGACACAUUCAAAUGCUCAUCUUGCUUUAGUUUUCUUAUUCCUGCAGAGAAUUGGUUCUUCAGUAGUUUUAUGCCGAAUGGGCAAGGAAGGAGGAAUAAGCAAGCUGCACCUAAUCUUGUCCAAGAUCCAUCAAGGGAUAAUUCAUAUGUGGGAAGUAUUCAUGAUCAAACUAAGCUUCAACCAAGUAAAGGUGUACUACCUGAUGAAAAUAGUCAUGCUCCAUCCAUGAAUGUUGCUGCAUCACUUGCUCCUGCUGCUGUUGCUGCUGGAGUUGCUCUUAUUUUAGGAGCCAAUCAAACCGAGAAUACUGAAAAGGAUAAUGUGGCUUACCCAAAACCUGAUUCCGGAAAACAAGAAGAUGAAUUUGAUACAGGAGUAAGUUCAGUUGGUGCAAUGGGAAAUGUGAAUACAGAUUACAAGCACUCACAAACGGCAGAACAUGAUGGAAGACUAACAAUUCAACCUAAUGAUGAAAAAGAUGUCAAAGAUGAAGAGAGUGACAAAACAGUUGAUACUGCACUUCCACCAAGCACAUCAAUCUUGAUUCCAGAUCCUGAAGAUGGACAAACAAUACCCUCUGAACCAAGAGAUGAUAAAAAAUGGGAAAUCAUCAAAAGCAUUGUAUAUGGUGGUUUAAUUGAAUCAGUUACAAGCUUAGGAGUUGUGACAUCUGCGGCAAGUGCUGAUGCUACCAUUUUGAACACCAUGGUUUUGGCGUUGGCAAACCUCGUAGGUGGACUCUUCAUCAUGGGGCACAAUCUUAGGGAACUUAAAAAUGAACAACCUGAAAGCAACUCCAAUCAGACAAAUGAACCAGGGGAUCGUUAUCAGGAAUUACUUGGCAAGCGGCAGAAUUUCUUUCUUCACGCCACAGUUGCUAUAUUAUCGUUCCUUCUUUUUGGUUUAGUACCUCCUGUAGUUUAUGGCUUCUCAUUCAGGAAGAGUGACAACAUGGACUAUAAGCUAGCAGCUGUGGCAGCAGCUUCUCUUUUGUGCAUUACCAUACUUGCUAUUUGUAAGGCUUACGUCAGGAGGCCGCCCAAGAACUACAUCGAGACAGUACUACACUAUGCCGUUGUUGGACUUAUGGCUUCAGGAGUUUCAUAUCUAGCAGGCGAACUUAUCAAAAAGCUAAUAGAAAAGUUAGGAUUGUUCAAUUCAGAAGUAGCUGUCACUAUGCCCCGUUCUGAGAUGAGUUCAGGGAGACCUGCUGCUUGGGCAUCCUAUUGAUGUCAAUUUGAAAUUCCUUGACAAGAUUGUUUUGGGCUUCGAUCUUUUUCAAUAAAAUCAUCACGCAAUAAAUCAACAAAGCCCAGAGUGAUGUCUCUUUCCCCUUCAAGUUUACCUACUACGGUACCAGCGUGAAUAUGAUCUCCACCAUUUAAGAAAUGUUUUGGUAAGGUCUGGUAGUUGUUUUGAUUAAUAAUGCAAUUCCUGACAGUAUAUUUUCCUAUUUUGAGGGUUAAACAAUGUCAAGAUAUUUUAUUUUUGUUCUCAUCCGCUAUAUAAUUAUAAUGACAGAAAAAGGGUGCCUUGAUAUGAAUA